AUGGGAUCUCUUUCCCAUGAGAGAAAAUAUGAUACCUUUGCUCCUCCCUCGUCUCCUUGUGCAUUGAAGUACAUCGAGCAUCAUGUAUCCAAAUUGGACACAUUUGCAAGCGUCGCCAUAAAGUACGGUGUUGAGUAUUCUGAUUUUUCCACCUCUACCACAUACCCAACGAAGAUAACAAGCGAUGCAGAUACACAUGAAGACUUUCAGCCAACCAACAAAAGUACUGGCUCUUUGCUGGAUAUCGUGGAGAAGGAUGUGAAAGAAAGUCCAGUGAUGAUAUAUAUGAAGGGCCUGCCGGAUGCACCUCGAUGUGGAUUCAGUGCAUUGGCUGUGAAGGUCUUACAGCAAUAUGGUGUUCCUAUUAAGGCUAGAGAUAUUUUGGGAGAUCUUAAGCUCAAAGAAAGUGUGAAGACUUACACCAAUUGGCCCACAUUUCCUCAAGUGUUUAUAAAAGAAGAGUUCGUUGAAGGAUCAGACAUCCUUUUUAAUAUGCAUCAAGUGAAUGGUUAUGCACACUUCUAAACCCAAACAAGGAGACUGUGAACCACCAUUUGGUAGAUCACCAUAUUAAUUUUUAAAUUGUUCUAUUCAAUAUACUCUUUCUUAAUUACAUUUCUCUUGCUAGUGUUUGAUCUAAAUUUGAGAUAGUAUGGAAGAUGAAAUUUCUAAUCUUGAAUUCUUUCAAAGAUGAAAUUAUCAUUGUGACAGGGCUUUGCACCAAAACCACUUGCACGGUCCUAUUCCAUAAAGAGCUGCACUGAGCUAACAUCAUUAUUUGAUUGCCAAGGAAAUUUGUAUACUCGGUCACGUGAAGAUGCAGCCAGUAAGUUGCUGGAAAGGCUUUAAAGAUUUAGUUGGGAAGAGGAUUUUAGCUGACAUAUUUUGGAUUUCGAUUACAUAGCUAUUGUUUUCUCAUUUUGAUGUGUGUAGUUAAUUUUUGAAAUUUGAAGAUAACAGUUUCAUGGAUUGAAUGUAGUAAAUAUUUAGUUUUGUAUUAGUGGUUUCUUUAUAUUAAAUAAAGAUUGGUUGUUUGUUAUUA